AUGCCCCGCAAGCGCAUAUAUCGCAGCGAUCUCUUCAGCUCGGAGCAGCUCGCUUCGAGGGAUGUGCUUGACUCUGCAUUGGAGGAGCUGAAAAGCCUCCUCACAAAGGAUAAUUUCAAGCAUGUUUUCCAGGAGCUAAUCGACAACGAGAGCCCUCGUGUUCUUCUCUUGGUCUUAUCGUGCUCUUACAUGUUCAUAGCCCUGAGUGAGACUACACCGUUAAUUUCGUGGUUGCUGGAGUCCUUUCCCUCCGAAGCUGCGACCUAUGAUGGGACGAUCCACUACAAAGCUAUAUCUUGUCUCUCUACGGAGCUUCUUUCCUCCUCUUUUGCUGAAGACAAAGAAUUAUGUACCCGAUACCACGAACUAGUGCAGAUCACGCCUGAGGUUUUGAAAUACCUCGUCUCUGUCCGUCCCAUCGAUACCGGAUCGGAGCGUCAUAACAAGAAGGGCAAGGCCAAACAGUCUCAGAGGAGGCCCCAGCAAGUCAAGCGAGAAGACGGCGCCACAGCUUUAGUCGAAAGGUAUUUCGAUAUUCUGAAUGUCGAUAUGCGUAAAACGUCGAGCGAUGCAUCUGUCCUCGUGGAUCGUGUUUUGCAAAGUCAAAAGGAUAUUCUCCAGUUCUAUUUGGAGCUGCUCGGUCGUCCUGAGAUAUCGGCAUCUCUCAAGGAACGUAUUGUCACCUCUGCGUCCUCCACAGAGGAGGAGAACACUCCGAAGGCGUUAUACUUCGAUACUGCCGAGGGCUUUGGCGAGUGGAUGAUCAUCAUUUCCACAAAUGCUGAUAAAUUUUUGCGGAACGCCCACAAGAAAGAUCUCGUCGCAUUUAACGCCACCGUGAAGAAGACAAAGGAACUCUCAUGCGGUCAUUUUACGGACAAUAAUCAAAGACGUUUGAGUAGCGCAACUGAGGUCCCCAUCUUUGAGGCUAAAAUCUCCCGUAACCUCAAACUCAUCUAUCAAAUUGACAUAAUCCCGGGCGAUGAUCAGAGAGAGCUACAAGCUAUCAAAAUUUUUGAUAUCUUUAACCACGCUCAAAUCGACAAUCAUCUCUGGAGUUCUAUCAGCAGUCAACUUCGCAAAAAGGGAAAAGAAUACAGGAAGAGAUGCGCCGUUAGGAAACACGCAGAUCAAUCCUCGAAGGAUACUUUCACUCCAGCUAUCUUUCCUCCGCUACCGGAAGUGUCGCCUUCGGAGAUCAAAGGCAUGCCGGAUUUACGUCCCGACGAAACAGCCCAGAUUCAUUCAAGACUCGUUGUCGAAAAAUACAUCACAUUUUCGCAGCCUUUUUUGAAUACCGUCCUAGCAGAUGUGGAUGCAACUUUUCCUCAUAUGGUUUCGUGCGCCACGGUCUUUAUACUCUCUUUCACUCAAGAGAAACGUAUCAUAGAGCAUCCACGGUCCUGCUACGUCAUAGGCCGCAGCGGCACGGGAAAAACAACUACUAUGUUAUUCAAGAUGUUGCUCAUCGAGCGGACGUUUCAACUCAUGGAGUCAGGUUUACCUCGUCCUCGUCAAGUCUUCGUCACGAAGUCCAGAAUGCUCGCUAAGAAAGUGCAGGAAUACUUUGCGAAGUUGUCCAGCUCCUUGGCAAUGGCAUCACAAUCCUCUGCCGACCUCACGAAGCUACCGAGAGCUCCCCAGUACCAAGAUGAUUUAGGGCUGAUUGACGCAGAUGAUGUUGUAGAUUGGCGGACUGAUUUACCAGCCAAGUACAGUGAACUCGAGGAGAGGCAUUUCCCAUUAUUUAUCACAUUUGAUGGCCUUUGCGACAUGUUGGAAGCUGACAUGAGUACGCAAAAGUUGAUCGACAUGAGACGUACUGGUAUCAAGCGCCAGAUGGGUGUCAUUACUUUUGAAUCCUUUUGCGAGUCCUACUGGUCUCAUUUCCCCGAACCGUUGAUUAAAGGAUUAGAUCCUGCCUUGGUAUUCAGCGAAAUUAUAGGCGUCAUUGAAGGCUCGGCAGAGACACUGAGCGAAAAGAGGCAUCACCUUAGCAAAGACGCAUACCUUGAUCUCAGUAAACGCCGGCAGUCUACAUUUGCUGACCAGAGGUGCGAGGUGUACAGACUCUUUGAGUUGUAUAUACGCAAGAAGAAGUCGCAGGGAGACUAUGACACCGGUGAUCGGACCCAUGGCAUAUUGAAGCAUUUCGCGGAAAAAGGUAUUCCGGGCAAAGGUCUCGACAAUUUAUAUGUGGACGAGGUGCAAGAUAACAUGCUCAUCGAUACUAUGAUCUUGAGGGCGCUAUGUAGCAAUGCAGACGGUCUCUUCUGGGCAGGUGAUACUGCACAGACCAUUUCCGUUGGAAGUUCUUUCCGUUUCAAUGCAUUGAAGGCAUUUCAAUGGAAUGUUGAGGACCAGUACCGGAAGAAGCGCAGACUCGAAGCUCCGCAUUCGCCUGAGAUGUUUCAACUUGCGGUCAACUAUAGGUCCCAUGCAGGGAUUGUUGAUUGCGCACAUUCUGUCAUCGAUCUAAUCAUGAUGUUUUGGGCGGAUUCUAUUGAUCGCCUUUCUCCAGAGAUGGGCAUUCUGGAACAGUUCAUCUUUGGUGAUGUCGGCAAUCAUAUCGAGUUUGGUGCUCAGCAGUGUAUCAUUGUCAGGAAUGAAACGGCAAGAGAGAGACUCCGACAGAAAGUUGGUGAAAUCGGUCUUGUGCUCACCGUAUAUGAAAGCAAAGGACUCGAAUUCAACGAUGUCCUGCUUUACAACUUCUUUGCUGAUUCACCCGUCAAUCUCGCGCAAUGGCGUGUUGUGCUGAACGCCGUCGAGGAGAGCCAGCAGGACCCUAGAAACCCUCCUCCUCAAUUUGACCCUGUUCGUCAUGCCAGCAUUUGUAAUGAGCUCAAAUCGCUGUAUGUUGCAAUUACAAGAGCACGUGAAAAUAUCUGGAUCGCAGAUGGAUCUGAGAUGGGGGAACCAAUGAGAAUAUUUUGGACGAAAAAAGAUUUGAUUAACAAUUAUACUCAGGGAUCCGAUGCUCCUCGUCUCGCGUCUUCGUCAACGGCAGACGAAUGGGCUGCAGAAGGCCGUGAACUUUUCAAUGCGAAGCACUUCUCACAGGCCAAGCACUGUUAUGAUAGGGCCAAGCUUCCUGCCUUAGCAUCCAUCGCAAAUGCCUAUGAUUUGCGAGCAAAGGCUCGUAAAGUCAUUGGUACAUCGAGACAAAAAGUGCUUGAGCGACGUUCUUGUUUCACAGAAGCAGCUGUUUCAUUCGAGAAAUGUGCUAGUGAGGCGCGCUCGAAAGAUUCCAUGACCUACCUCAGGAUCAGCGGCGAAUGCUUUGAACAAGCUGACCAGAAGGAUCGGGCUGCCGAAAAAUUUAUCCAGGUUCAGGAGUAUACCCAUGCUGCAGAGUUGUAUAGAGACAUCGGCAAAUUUGACGAGGCGGUCGAAAUUGUGAAAGCUCAUGAAGACGAAAUGUCGUUGAAGGUCGUCGAAAAUGUUAUCAAACUUGCGAGACUAGCAUACUUCUCUGACCGCCAGAUGUCAAAGGCCCAUGAGCUAUUUGAGUCAGUCGAGAAAGAAUUGGAGUAUUUGGAAGAGAGAGAUCUUGAUAUCGCUCUUGCAGACUUAUUGGAGAAAGAAGGACGACUCAGCGAAGCUGCUGAAUUGCACUAUUCCGAGGGUCGCAAAGAAGAGGCUAUUAAGCUUUUCCUCGCUCAAACUGAAAACAAAGAUGCUUUGCGUCGAGCUCAAGAAUGCAUUCUUGAAGAGCUUUGGCGCAAAAUAUCAUUUGGUGUUGACCCCAAUGUCAUACGCUCGGAUGCUGCCGUGUCGCGGUUGUUGGAUUUUUCUUCACAGUGUAUUGUGAAGCAAACUGCGGAACUCUCUAUGUUCACUGCUAUCAUACGAGGCCAGAUAUCUCAACUGCGUGAACUGGGUUUGAUAUUUCACAAGAUUGGCCAUAGUUCGGCAGCCUUGCUAUGUCUAGACCAAUACUUUUCUCGGGUUCUUCGAAUUCAAGACAUGGCUCUUGUUGACGCAGUUGAAGAACUCAACCUGUUUUAUACCUAUGUGGGCCUCCUUUCUGCUGCAGCAUUCCGAACGGACCCUUGUAGGGAUGUAACGACCGCGGCGUUGUUCGGUUUUCGGCGAAUAGCAGAGAACGAGUUCCUGGUGCCCCAGAACACAUGGUUAUACUCAGAGAUUCUUAAACUUCAACCUAGGAACUUGCCUAGGGAUUCCGACUCCAAUCUCAGGCUGUCAGUACUCGAAUUACGUGGCCAAUUUCGAUAUAUUCUGAGAAGUCAUCUCCAACAAAGGGUUGCCGCCGAAAAUGACGAAUGUGCAAGAAGCAAAGCAUUUGCGCCUUGCCUCGUUUUUGCCAUAUCUGGGUUUUGUUCGCGGCCUGAAUGCCCGGAAGCUCACGCACCACCUUCGGCGAUGAAUAUCGAUUACUAUAAUAUGCGUGUUCGUCUGCACCUGCAACAAAUCUUGAUCUUGCAGUCGCUUAGAGAGAAUGCCCAUGCGGACGUGGAAUACAGAGGAACUAAAUUCUGGAUCAACCGUCUUUAUGAGGCUCUUUAUCCUCCACACCAUAUGUUUGGUUCUAUUUCCCAUCUCGCACUUUCUACAAUCCCCGAGGCCCCAAAGGCGCUAAAUGUCGUGAAAGAUUGGGUGCGAACGCUUGUUUAUGGCCGGGAAUAUCACCCCUGGACGAACUUCCUCACGGACGUGAUGCGAACAGCCGCCUUGGCUCUUGCGAUUGACCGAAGUCAGGCGGAUUAUCUCAGAAAUGCGGCUUAUUUCAGAAUAUACCCUCCAUUCAUGUAUAUUCGCCAAGGCGACCGCCUCAUUCUUCAUGAUCUUCUGGACUCGAUGUCAGGACAUCAAACAUGGUCUCUUUCGGCUGGUUUUCGAUUUUUCGAGCACGUUGUAAAGCAAAGAUUACCCGUCAACAUAGGUGUUCUGUGUGACUUUCUGGAUUUUCUUUGCAGUUCUGUCAUUCUUUGUGGCGAGCGCCUGGGAAUGACAUUACCGCACAACGUAACUGUCCCUCGUAGCUGGCUCUUGCGCUUUGUGGAAUAUGAUUUUCCGUAUUUCAACAAGGGGAUACAGACAAACUUCUAUCACGUCCUUCUAGCACCUGUAUGGGAUCUCCUGCAACAAUUGCGCGUCGGUAGAGACUCUGCGGAACAUUUAUUGUAUGGGAUUUCUAGAAAUGUUUCAAACGUGCCAUACCAAGUUCGUCACGUUUUCAUCGCAAGGAUAUUCAAGGCCAUUGGUCUAUUGGGCUACAACAUCCACAACGAUUUUCUCCGUAACGAUAUUAGGGAGCUAGUGCUAUCUUUACACCAAGAGGGUUCCUCCCUAUAUGAGCGAUACACCAGUGCAGCCAGUGACUCGUGGGAUCAACUGGCAAACACUAUUCGUUGUUCAUUGCAAGAUGAUACCAUGGAUGAGAUGAUACAGCUCUUUCACCGGAGCAGGGUUCCAGCGAAAGUUCGCCCCUCUCCCGGAGUCCGUCAGCUUGUCUACAAUGAUUUCACGGAUAUCCGAGCACAGCUCAGUCUUUCUGCGUCUACUUCCUCUCAGACUACCUCACCGCAUAUUGAGGUUUCUGAGCGGGAGGAGCCGGAUGACAAAGCGGAGGAGGUGGAAGAUACACGAGAGGUUGAGAUACCUGAGCAGGCUACCGAUGACGAUGCUGUAGCUGCCGAUGCCAUCCCGGCGCAAGAUGUGACAACUCCGGAACCCACGGAAAGAGAGAUCACUGCCGCAUCCUUGAUCCAGCGGAUAUACAAGAAAGUCCUUCGUCAUCGACGAGGCAUUGCCAAGAGAGGGAUGGCCGGCCUUCACGCACAAAUAUAUGCCUCAUGCACCAAAGAAGUAUCUCGGCUUGGUGAUAACCCAGGGCUAUAUCUUCGCUUGUUUCUCGGUCCGCUGCCGCACAUUUUAGUCUGUCUCGAGACAGUUCGUGUAGAUACACUCAGCCGCAAGACGAAGACGAAAAAGAGGCUUAACAACGACCGUGACAAGUGCAGUCCUGAUGAUAUUGCCACCCUUGAUGACGCGUUAACACAGACCACCAAGGCGAACAAAGCUGCUAUCGAACUACAAAGGCAACUCAACCCGAGUUCUGAUUUCCACGAGCGUCGCGACAUCAAGCAACUCCGGAAACUAGUGCAAGAGGCUAAAGACCUGGUUUCUUCUCUCCCUUUCGACACUUCAGACCUAUCGGAUGAUCUGCACCUCGCUAUCAAAGGGAUUGUAACCGAACGUUCAUCUGCAGGCACACGCAAGAAGCCGACGCUCAAUAAUGACGACUUGUAUUACUAA